AUGAAGAACUCAGAGAAAUGGAAAAAUUAUUUGAUAUGGAAAGAGAGUGAUGCACCAUUUAUCUAUAACGAUAUCCAGACGAGAAAAUCGCCCAUUGAUCAAAUCGACGAUGUGAGCAUUGGAAUGCAUGCUAUACCUGAGACUACAACCGGGGGCUGUCAAGCUGGUGACUGCCCCAAUAAGUUCUGCAAUAAGGAAAGUCAGUACGAUAAGACAGAUGCAAAGCAAGCAAGGAAGAGGAAACCAAUCAGAAAAGCAAGUCCUAGGAGCAAAGCCGUUGGAUCCCUGAAGUGUCUUUGCAAUGCGUCGGCGCAAAGCAGCGCUACUAGGGGAGCACAGCUAUGCACUUGUGCAACCCAGCACUCGGCAACUGAUUUGGAUAUUACGACCACAGCUGUCAUGGUUAGCUCCGGUAAUUUCUAUGGGAUGAGUGACUCGAAAACUCGAAUGGCCAAUAAGAAGAUUCAACAUAGACAGAUGGCACAUAAAGAUUCUGACACCAAUGUGCUAAUAGACCGAAGUGAAAAAUUAUCCCUCGAAAAGCAGUGUGUUAAAACAAAAUCUUAUCUCCUCUACCCAGACCCCAACCCAUUUUUUACCCUCGACGGAACGCAGGUAUAUUUAAUCAUCAUCAAUUCCUCCCGCUGUGGUUUAGCAGCGGUGAGGGAAUGUAAUCUAAGUAUUUAUUUAAAACGAGAUUUAUUUACAGCCAGCGAUACAGUAGAAGAUGCGAUUGAAGACAGCUACAUGCUAACAGAAACUAUAACUGAUGAUACUUCAUACGGCUCCAUUUCAUACAGAAGCGAUGAAACCAAAACAGACACGACCAUUUGUAGCCUAGCCGCCGUCGACUACGAUGAUUCACCAAGACGAAGAAAAUUCAGGGUUAAAGUCGUUACCAAAACCAACCAAGCGACACUUACAGACAAAACUAGACUUUGUGAUACAGGCACCAUCACUAAUGACUGGUGGAGCCCUCUAGUUGAAAGAAGAGGCAAUGAUGAAAUACUUCUAGAAAAGAAGCAAGGGUACAACACUAUUGAGAAGAAAGAUUUGAAAGACACGAAGGAGUUGAAAGAGUCGAAAGAGUUGAAGGAAGUUAAGAGGAAGAGGAAGAAUUGUGGAGUGACAACGGACGGUAGGAUUGUUACUUUUAGAAGCAGGACACAGAUUAUACCGGCCGGUCUACUCCCUGGAAUGAAUGACAUCAUGUCACCAUCUCGGUACCUUUUAGAGAGUCAGAAAUACUACAACGAACUAUUCGCCUACAACUUCCGGAUACCUCAAGGGGACUAUUUCGCUCAGAUGCCAAAAUAUCAGGACAGAGAGAAGGCCAGAUCGCCUUUGGGAAGCCGGAGAAAUCACCAUCGCAAAACGAAAAGGCUUGAUGAAUGCUACUCUCCUAGAAGACAGGUGUCCCCGCGAAAACGUCAUACGGAGUCCACUAAGACAUCUGAUUCUCCUCGCCGAAGACCCUACGCUCAUUGUUACUCCAACAGGCAUUACGUAAAAUAUAAUUCUCCCAGAAAAUUAAUAUAGUAGUACUAAGAAGAUAGAAACGAGCACGAAAAAUAAAGCAAACUUCACGAAACUAAUGGAAAAGGAAAAUAUGAUUCCUUUCAAAAUAUUCAGUAAAAUAACAAAGUUUUUUAUACUUAUUAUCCAAGUGUGUUGGUUAUGUCAGUUGUUUGGCAUUGUUCUA